CGUAAAAAAUGGCGGUAAUUACAUUCAUACGAACCCGACUUUAGUCUGCGACUACGACGAACGAAAGAGUAUAUUUUUCUUGUGAAGAUAAAGAUUUUGUAAUUUUGACAAUUGCCAUUCAUCAUUUAUAAAGCAAAGAAUUGGAACUAUUUGGAAGGUGGUCAAAACUCUUGAAGAUGGAUAACCUGCAGUUGAUUCUACAAUAUUUUCUCUUGUGAUGGACACGGAGUGUGUUGUGCUGUAUACUCAUCAAAAACAAAAGAAAGCAAAAACAUGGCAUGAUGGAGUGUUGAAGAUUUUGACUCCUGGUACCCGAGCCAUCUUGUAUGAUGACAAAAAGACAAAGAUCGACACAAUACACAUCAAGCCUGAAGCCAUUGUGUCCGGAGAACAACUGGAAAGUGAUCGCUACCUGAUUCUUAUAGAGGAAAUAAAAAGCGGUGUUGACCAUGGACAGAUCCAAGAUCCCUGUGGCCAGGCUAGUUUCAGGGAACAACCUGUUGUCCAAGUUCAUCCAAAAGUACCAAAGGUACCCACUGCCUCUGUUGGAACAGGAGCACGCCUGUCUAUACGGGCGGGUAUUAAAAGAAGAAAAACGGGGUUUGUUCCACCACGGAUGAUCAAGCAGCCCAGACUGGAUGUGGAUGAGGGUCAGACUGAUUCCGGUGAGAGGAACCCUGAUGCUGUUGACAUCCUCAGUCUAUACAGUAGAAUGGGUGCUGCCAAGCCCUCAGAUAGUAUACACGAAUCUGAGUCUGUGUCCACGUAUUCUUCAGGUUUGAAAGCAAACACUGGACCAUCAUUUGGUAGUCCUAUUGAUCAGAGGGCAAGCACAAAGAAUGAUUCUCCUCUAUUAGACCGGCUUACUUGUGAUGAAUCUCCCGGUAUAUUGUCACUUCGUUCUUCCCCAUGGUCAAGUUUUGGUGCAGGUAGACUUGGACGUAAAGGUGAUUCUCCAAGGAAUGCAGAAGGAGGAUCUAAUAGACAGUUACUGAAUGGAACUAAAUCAAAUCAUCAAAAUGUGACUUCAAAGAUCUAUUCUAGGACAACAAAUUUUAGUGACAGAAACAUGCAAAAGGACCAGACUAGUUAUGACAAAAAAGGUUCCGGAUUUGCCAGUUAUGCAUGUGCUGUUAUUGAUAAUAAACAAAAGAUAUCUUCAAAAAUCCUCAUCAGUGACACAAAUACUGGACCCAAUACAGCUAUUAAAAGAAGUGCUUCACAAAUCAUGGCUCUUCUUGUGAAAUCAAGAGAUAAAGAGCCUAUACAGGCAGCAGAUGGAAUUCAGAAUAAACACACAUCACAAGACAGUUCAGCCUUAUCAAUGUGUUUAUCUUCUUCGUCAGAGUGCCAUACAGAUAAAACCUGUUAUCCUGAACCUCAUGUUCACAAAACCGCAGCAACAAAUAUACAUCAAAGUGCUUCUGGAAUACAAUUUUCUGUACAGAAUAAUCCUGCAUCUGUAAAUUACCAUAAAGAAAUUCAGGAUGAAGCUGAUGUGAAAACUUCAUGUAAUGGGAAAAUGCAGGACUCCUGUAGUGAUUUUGAUUUUUCCUUAACAGGUCCUUCUGAGAGUAGAGACAAACACCAACAGUCAGACAAUCACUCGGGUUCUAAAACACAGCUUAUACCAGAGGAUUUUAUAGCCAACACGAAAUUUAAACAAUGCAACAGUGAAGGAGAUGUGUGGGCGAAACAAAGGGAGAAAAAUCAGGACAUAAAAAGUACUUACCAAGAGGAUAUUCUUCCUUCACAAGACAGCAUAAAUGUGAAAGCCUGUCACAAGAGUGAUUUAUUUACACAAGAAAAGACUGAAGAGGGAAGUGUUUCUAAACAGGAAAUAGAACAACAUGACUUUGAAAGCUCAUUCCAAGAUAUUUGUUCGAAUGAAGAAAUGAGAGAUGAGAGUAUUGACAAACAGUUGACAGCAGAGUAUGAUUGUAGUAGAAAAGACAGACCAGAUUCAUCAGAUGAUGAUCUCGAAGUUGAUAACAUUGAUGUAGCACAGCAAGGCAGCUUUCUCAUAAGCUUUUCUCCUUUGUCUGAGGUAUCCAACAGUGAUGAUGAGAGUAACAUACAUAGUUCUAAUAGCACUGAUGUUUACCAAAAACAAAAUAUAAAGCAAGACCAAGAAGGGGAGAACAGUCUGUCACAGCAGGACCAAGACCAAGGUUUGGUGGAGAAUUCGAAUCAGUCACAGAAAGACCAAGGUUUGGUGGAGAAUCGGUCACAGCAAGACCAAUGUUUGGUGGAGAAUCGGUCACAGCAAGACCAAGGUUUGGUGGAGAAUCAGUUACAGCAGGACCAAAGUUUGGAGGAUUUUUGGUCACAACAGGAACAAGAUUUGGAGGGUUCUCGGUCUCAGCAUGAACAAAAUUUAGAUGGCUGUCAGUCACAACAUGAACAAGCUUUGGAGGGCUGUCUUUCUCAACAUGAGCAGUCUUUGAAGAGCUGUCAGUCACAACAUGAACAAGCUUUGGAGGGUUCUCAGUCACAACAUGAACAAGCUUUGGAAGGUUCUCGGUCACUACAGGAACAGUCUUCGAAGAGCUGUCAAUUUCAACAGGAACAAGCUUCAGGGGCCUGUUGGUCCAAGCAGGGCCAGGUAGUGGAAAUGAAGAAUGAAUGGACAAACAAACCAGAAAAUUCUGGGGAAAUUGAUUCAUUAGGGACUAACAUUCAACUUACUGGUUCAUAUGAAGAAAGUUCCAAAGAAAUGCUAGACUGUCACAAUGAAGGGAAGGCUAAAUGGUCAGAUAAAGCUGAAAACCCUGGUAAAAGUGAUUCAUCAACACCUUAUAUUCAGCUUACUGGAUCAAGUGGAAAGAACUCUUUGGAAAUUAGGCACUGUCAAACAUUUAAGGUCAAUGCUUCUCGAUCUCCCAAAACUGAAGAAUGUGCUCACAGUCCUGAUGUGUUAAAUGUACAUUCUGUAACCAGUGAGCACGUCAACAGCUUAAAUGACCUCCACUUCAGUCCAGAUUCAGUCACAUUUUCUUCGUUGUCGUCUGCAGAGGGUAGAUUGGAGAGCAGCGAGCUAGAUGUGAGUUCUUGGCAAACAAAACAAACUGUAAUAAGCCCACAUUCAUCAAAUCAGGAGUUCCCCAAGAUCAUUGUGUCAUGUCCAGAAACUACCAGCAAAAACAUAGUACAGCAUUCUGAUGUAAUGCGAGACAUCACUAAUAUCAUUCCAGAGACUAACGCUAAACAUCAAUGUAAGGAUGAGUUAAAACCAGUAAGGUCUGAAACCAGUCCUCAUGAUUGUACACCAUGUGAUGUCUCCGAGUCGCAAUUGGAAAGUCUUUUGAAACCUGAUUCAUUACCAUCCAGUGAACUGUCCCUGCUGCGGGAAAGUAGUGAGAGUGUGAGCCAGACUGAAUCUGUCAACAAUGAGUUUGGAAGAAAUACAUCUUCACCGGGGUUAAACCAUAACUGUGUAGAGAACACAAGUCCCAGCCUUGUUCGCCAUCUCUCAGAAAACUCCUGGGGUAAGAUAGUGCCAGGCAGUGGAAUGAUCCAUCACUAUGACACCAAUGUUGUUAGAACAACACAAGAACAACUAUCUUUUACAGAACCCAUGCAAUCUACUCAAUAUAGAAAACAUUCAGCAGUUAUGGAGAAGUUCAAUAUGACAGAAGAACCCUUGCCACACCCAUCAAAGCUUCUAAGACGAUCCAGUGUGAUGUCCAAAACAACAGCUGCGUAUGUCUCUUCCACAGAUCAAGAAGAUCCCUUCGUGGACAGGGCAGAGCCAGGGCCAAUUGAAAAUGCAACCCAGAGACUUCAACAGUACAAAGUGAGGGGUAGUGUCAGUGGAGGCAUGGCCAGAAGAACCUCUGUAUCAGGACUAGACUACAGUGACAUGAGGUCACCUUCCCUGUCGGUCACAGAGGACCUGAGGACUAACUUUUCUCCUAGUCAGACUCUAGAAAAUACCAGAUUUUUGACGGAUCAGGAUGACCAUAGUCUAUUCAUAGAUUGGAAUGUGGGUAAACCCAAACUUGUGGACAUAAACACCUUGUUUAAUGCACAGGAUAUAAAGAUACCUGAUUCACCAUACCAACAUGUUCCUACAGCCAGUGAAAGUCCUUGUAGUUAUAAAGGUGUCUGUGAUGACAGUGUUAAUGUCCCAGAUAUAGACAUUAAUAGGACCACACAAAUUGGCAGCAGACAUCAAGCUACAGUUGAGGACUUCACAAGUCAUCAUUUAAGUGAUGAAUCUGGCCCCAGUGUGUUUACUCCUGGCUGUGGUCUACGUGAUGAUCCGUCCAAGUCAAACAGAAUUCCAUUUGAGGCUGAGAGUCCUACCUAUGGCAAUAUGUUCAAGGAGAAAAGGAACAUGAUGAACUGUGAUUCUGAUUUCAAAGUGAGCACAUUUUGUAAUCAUUUAGAUAAACAUGCGGUUGAAAAAACUGGUAGAGAAAAAACAUCUCUGAAGUGUAAACCUUUCCAAGAUUUAUAUACGCAUACUAGUUACACUUCUAAAUACUUUUCUCCCUCUAAAAAGGAGCUCAGAGUACAAAAGGACAUUCCUGCAAAUGAGGACAUGAGGGAUCUAAAGAAUAUACCCACUAGUGUUGACUCAGAGACUCAAAAUGACACUCCUGCUAGUAUAGACUCUGAAUUCCAAACGGACGAUACAAAAUAUAUCAAACAGCCAUACCUGGAUUCACAGCUUGACAUUCUGGAUGAAGAAUAUACUGAGAACAACAGUAAUGGAGAACAGUUGAUAAGAGAUAAGUGUUCCUUAGAUAAAAAUGCUGAUUUACACCUCAGUCUUAGUUCAGUAGGUAGCAGUGAUCUUGAGUUAUCCUUCACAUUGACCGAUUAUCACAGAGGUCAGUCCAAACCUCAUAUUGGCCUUCCUCAGGAGGACCCGUUGUAUAGCCUAGAAAGUGGUGAUAAUGGUGAUCUCAGGCCAAGGAAUAAAACUGAUUUUAAAUUAACAACGACGUGUGAGGACAAAGUUCCAUCCGGAGCCGAGGGAGGUAACGGCUCAAAAUGGGGUAAAUUUAUAAUGGAUGAGGAUCAAGAUGAUGAGUUGAUAUUUGAUGGUUCAUUUGAUGAACAAUUCAAUUCAAGGAAACUCGAAGAUAGAGUGUGCUUCAGAAGUGUCUCUCAAAAGUUGCCAUCUGUUAAUGAUCCAUGUAAAAAAAUAUCUGAGAACUCCGGUCAGCUAUCUUACAAUAAAUUUGUUUCAAACACAUCAAAUUAUCAGAAAUCAGAAAAACUUGCAUCUACUGUUCAGAAGCCAUACAUACCAUUACAAGAUACACAGCAACAAACCAUGUCACCACUGGUCACCGACUGUAUGCUGAAUCGUGUCAUACCAGAUGAUACAAAGGUCUCCUCCACAGAGGAAAUUAUCUGCCAGGGUGUGUUGAUGGAUGAUUUUGACUUAGACAUGGAAGACAUGACUGAUUGCUCAAGUCUAUCACAACAAAUCCAUGCCAAACCUGAUUUACACAUAGCUCCCCUUUCCAGUACUGCACUGACAAAUGUGAACAAACUGGAUGUCAUACCUUCAAGAUCUAAACAUGUAAUCACAGAGAAGACAGCAACAACUACAUCAAAGCAUGUCUCUGCCUCUAGUCAAGAAGCUACAAACUGUGAAGGAUUGUCUAGACAGAAUACUAUGAAGAAGUUCCGAAGCCCAUUGCCCAGUUUAGGUCUGGUAGCACAUGUUCUGAAGGUAUCCAAGCGGAACCUCAGUGGAGAGUUACAAUUCGCCAGUAAGGAAGAGGUAGACAGUAAUCCGGUUCCCCUACGUGAGCUCAGCAUCACUGUGAACUUUCCCAACGUAGCUGUUUACAAACAGGUCCUCAUUGCUGUUCUCAGAGAACACUUGAACAUAAUCCUGUUUGGCCUGGCCCAGCGGUAUCACCAUACAUUGGCAAUGGCAGAUAUCUCCAACUACAUCCCAUCUCAACCCUCAGGUCCUCUAGGGAACAAGUCAGCCUCUAUGAAUCAGGCAAGCACUAACCCAAGCUGUCAGUGUGGUGUGCCCUCAAAGAUGAUUCAAGUGAAAAAGGCAGGAAACAACAAAGGCCGUUUCUUCUUUGCUUGUAAUGCUGCUCGGAACAAGCAAUGUAAGUAUUUCCAGUGGGUGGACCAGUCAGGAGGGAUGAGAACCUCUGCCUCUGGUGCUAAUAAACUUAAGUUGUGUGAAGCCAGCAGUAUCAAUACUUACAUGAGAGGGAACCACCUUAUGCUCUACUGCGAGUGUGAGCUUAUAAAAAAAGCAGACUUUACGUCCCACUUCAAACAAGGUGUUCCGAACUGGGUGAAAAAGAAGUAUGGACAGACAAAUCAGGACAAAAAGAAGCUGUACAUUAAGCUCUCCAAGAAGGAUACCUCCUCCUUAUACUCCAAAGACGAUCUUUGGAUCAUAUCUACGACCUUGAAUUUCCUUCCUUCUCAAACUUUUCUCGCAAAGAGUGUCUACUUUGGCCCUAACUCGGCGAAUGAGGUCGAAAUAGAGGCAGUGGCUGGAUUUUCACCCUCAAACUGGUCAAGCCAUGCAUUCUGCCAUGCUGUUUUGGCUGGGAACAUUGCGUCUGAGUCGUGCUAUCUGUCUAACAUCGAGGACAACAUGAGCCCUAUGUCGGUGCCUAUACUACCUUGGAUACUAGACAGAAAUCCCAGUGGGAGUCACAGAGAGUCGUCACAGCAUGGUGGAUUCAAGGCUCCAGUGAGGACAACAGGCUCAGAAACUAACAUGUUUGCUACAAAAACUUCUACUAUGGAACUAGCAGAGGAGUUUAUACAGAGGUUCAACCUCAACGCGGACCAGACCAAGGCCCUGAUCAGAGUGUGUAACAUGUUUUGUGGGGGUGCUGAGGGACAAGACCCUGUACUUCUCAUACACGGAGUAUUUGGGGCUGGGAAGAGUUUCCUACUGUCUGUGAUCGUGCUGUUCCUAGUCAGACUGUUUGAAGUCAGUGACAGCUACACCCCUGGUGUCCCCUAUCCAUGGAAGAUCCUUAUAUCCUCCACUACAAACGUGGCAGUGGACAGAAUUUUACUCAGUUUGCUAGAUAUUGGAUUUGAAGACUUCGUCCGUGUAGGAAGUGUAAAGAAAAUUUCCAAGCCAGUUUUACCAUUCAGUGUCCAUGCCACUGGCUCUGAAAGUCAGGAACUGAAGGAUCUGCAAGAGAUGCUUAGAAGUGGAGAAUUAACACCUUCAGAAAAACAUAAUGUCCGCCAGAGUAUAGAAAAACACAGACUAGGAGAAAAUAAAAAGAGACUGAGUAAAGUACGGGUGGUUGGAGUGACAUGUGCCUCCUGUACCGCUUUCAGCUUGGAUCGGAUGACGUUUCCUGUGGUGCUACUUGAUGAGUCCAGUCAGAUGACAGAGCCAGCGUCCAUGUUACCUAUUGCAAAGUUCGGAUGCGAGAAACUCCUGCUGGUAGGAGAUCCAAAGCAACUAGACCCAACCAUCCAGGGAUCUGAAGCAGCCCACAACAAUGGCCUGGAACAGACACUAUUUGACAGGCUAAUGAAAAUGGGUCACACACCAACAGUGCUGCGUACCCAGUACCGAUGUCACCCAGUCAUCAGUAACCUGGCCAAUACACUGUUUUAUGAUGGACGGCUUAGUGAUGGUGUCACCACAUCAGAUAGGGAACCAUUAGUGCCAGAAGUCCCCACCCUAUGUUUCUACGAUGUCAGUAAAGGCCAGGAACAGGCUGAUGAUGGAGGUAGUUUCUACAAUGAGAAGGAGGCAGUUUUUGUGACAUCCCUAAUACAAGCACUCCUGGUACGAGGAGUGGAACCUGCUAGUAUUGGUGUCAUUACACUCUACAAGUCUCAGAUGUUCAAGAUCAACACCAGCCUCCUAACCAAUGUCCAAAGUAACGACUGCAAGGAGAUCAAAGCCACACGAGUAUCCACAGUCGAUGCCUUCCAGGGAGGCGAGCAUGACAUCAUCAUCCUUUCCUGUGUCCGUACAAACGGGGUUGGCUUCAUUGACAACCACAAGAGAACCAAUGUGGCCCUCACACGAGCUCGCCACCAUUUGCUGAUCGUUGGAAACAAAAGCAAUUUAUCCCGAAACCAGCUAUGGGGUCAGGUCCUUCGGCUCUGUGGAGGCCAACCUGGGGGUGUCUGUGAUGCUGACACCUUUCUUCAUCAGCUGAGGAACGCAGAUCACGGCCAGUCACAAGAUAAUAUGAGCACACCUUGUAGCCCUCCAAUGUCUCUAUCUAGUCAAGAAACAAAUAGUGUUGUAUGUUCUCAACAUGAUAAAGAGAAUGAUGUCACUGUACCGGAGUCAUCUCCCUUUGUGCCAUCAGAAAGUCCAGUGGGGCUGGUUAGGAAGAAAUGUCGCUUGAUCAACGCUGACCUCCUGGAUUGCGCCGAAGCUAGUGACUCGGAUGAGGAACUUCCCAUUCUGUGAUCACUGGAUCAUUGAAUUUAUGACUACACUUAAUUGUGCCAAAAAUUUGUUUCAUAUUUGAACAUUGAGUUUUUGAUUCUGUGUAUGUAAAAUAUUCAAGUUUCGGAGAUGAGGGGGAGGUCGAACAUCAAGUUUAACUUGUUGGACACGUAAACGUGCCAAACUGCCCUCUGUGACAUCACGGCACUCCCGUACCUGUAGCACUUUCAAAGUCCGACUGUACUCCGCAAGGUCUCUGAAUAAGAUAAUUGAAUAUUGAUUUUAGAUGAACAUGCAUUGUUUUGAAUACAUCAAACAUUACGAAAUGUCUUUUUCAUCGUUAGAAGUAGAGAAAAUGUAUAUUUAUUUAAGUAUUAACUGCGUGAAUAACUGUAAAAUUGACUGUGAUAUAAAGUAUUAAUAUGAUUUACACAUGAUAAUCAGAUGAUUUGAUGUUCUUUAUUAUUUUUUCUUUAAAAAUAAAUAUCUGUUUAAAUAUACAGUGUAUUCUGUCUGACCUAAUUGAGUCGUCCGAUAGUCUCCAACAUCCCUGAACAUUGAGGUGUACCAAUGACUUGCUGGAUUUUGCUAAAGAGCUUAUGGCAUGAUCCGUUAAACCGUAGAUCUUGGCAACAGAUAGGUACCUCAACCUGAGUAACACAAAAUGCACUACAGCUGUAAUAACUGUUAGUAACAAUUUAACCUGGACUUGAAUGUUCUGUUAAUAUACACCAUUAUAUCUCAACACACCCUACAGAUGAUGUGAAUUUAAUGUUGCUGUAUUUUUGGGUUAAAAACCUUCAAUUUUGUGAAAUUGAUAUGAUAUCUUUAUUAUUCCAAUUGAUUUACAAAUGAGUUUAAAGCCAAAUUGGAAUCAUAUCAGUUGCAUUUUCCUUUCACAUUUCAGAAGUGGAAUCAUAUCAGUUGCAUUUUCCUUUCACAUUUCAGAAGUGGAAUCAUAUCAGUUGCAUUUUCCUUUCACAUUUCAGAAGUGGAAUCAUAUCAGUUGCAUUUUCCUUUCACAUUUCAGAAGAAGUGAUUUUUGUGGUGAAAAUAAUACAUCUAGGUAAAUUUUGAGAAUAAAUCAUUUCUUAUACAAAAACAUUUUAAUCCCCCAGGAACAUGAAUACAUUGGAAGGCUGUCAAGGUUGGGGCCAUGGGACCAGCCUUCAAAAUAUAAACAAUGUCCCCACACAUUAAUUAUUAAUAUAUUAUUUUUGAAAAAAAAAAACUGAAAUUUUAAUAAAUUUUAGAGUAUUUAGGUGGUAUUCUUUGGCAAGCUUAAACAUUAUUUUUAUGAAGAAUUGUUUUUCAAAUGAAAGGUGAUUGCAGAAUAUCAUAAUAUGAGCUGAUCAGGAUACAGCCAAUAAAAGGUUGAAAUGAUUACGUCAAUAUAUGAGGUAGCAACAUUAUUCAACACCUACAAAAUUUAUUAGAUUUCCACUUUACGAGAUGUCCAAUCGGCCUGUAUCACUCACCUGUUCUACAGUCUGUCAAAAUCUAUUACAACACCAAAUUAAUACACUUUCUUAUCAGUAACUGGUAUAUGUCAAAUCGCAGUCUUGGUAUUUUUAUAUUCAGGAACCAAAAAAAAAAAAAAAAAACAGAUAUU